UCCACGGCCGCCGUAGCCAGCAGCACGACCCGCCUCCAACUCAAAAGUCUUCAGAGGAAGAUUAUGAUCCCUGAAAACAGAGUUUAACAGAGUUUAACAGAGUUUAAGCUUUAAUAUCCGGAUAAACUCUGAGACACAAAUGCUCGGACUCUGCUGUCUGUGGUGAGUUCACGCUCACUCGCUGUCAGUGGGGAAACAUGGCUUCGUUGCGUUCAAGGUUCUCGGUGUUGUGGCUCCUGUUUAUUGUGACAGCUCAUGUGAUAAACGCUGUUGGGAGAACGAAACUAAUCGGAGAUGAAGCGGCCUGUGAGUCCAAAGACAACAUGAUCAGCGUGAGAUCCGUCAGAACCUCCGCGGACACCGGACCGGAACCGGGAGACCUCGCAGCCGCGUUCACUGUCCGGACUCUGGAUGGGGAGUUCUCCUACCAGCCCGGAGCUCUGCGGGGGCCUCUCAUCAUUCACGCAUUCACCAACAAGUCCGGGUUCCUGGAGUGUCUGUGGAGCUCGGAGUCGUCCCUGAGCAGCCUGGUCCAGAACCUGCCCGACAGCGCCCAGGUUCUGUUCCUGUCCCUGGACGACUCCGCGGUCCCUGAUGCUCUGUGGAUGAGGGAGCAGCUGCAGCGGGCCGCCGUGCAGCACCGUAAGAAGGAGGUUCUGUCCAGGCUGCACUUCUCUCCGGUGCCGGUCUUCGCUCUGGGUAACUGGAUACCCGCCGUCUUCUACUACUGGAGCUGCACGUCACGUAACUGUGUCCUCGCCCAGGCUGUUUUCACCUCCGAGGGGUGGAACAUGCCCGUGGUUAUCAAGAGACUAGAUGCCAGGUACGAUUGGCUCGUGGCGCGCUGGAGUCAGAAGUCCUAUCGGCUGAUGGAUGCAGGUGACGGGUGCCAUCCUUCCCCUUUGGUGGAGGGUGCUGUGGCCUGGGUCUCUGAGGGAAACUGCUCUUUCUUCACUAAGGUGCAGAGCAUGGCCAAAUCCAACGCCACCGGUGUCCUCGUCUACGCUCUUCCCGGUAACCCGAUCCAGGACAUGAACUGCGACGGGGAUGAAUGCGACACACCGCUGAGCAUCCCCGCUGCCAUGGUGCAUCUGGAGCCUUCGGUGGCUGAGGCGCUGCGGUCUGGACAGUCGGUGGUUGUGUCCCUCCAGAACACCCCGUCCCCGGGCUUCUUCUUCAGCAUUGACCAACAGGGAGCGCUGGCUGAGAUAGGCUGGUUUCUUUACCCCUCGUUCAGCUUCAUCAACUGGCAGGCGCAGUGGUUUGAUUUCUACGCAGAUCUGCAGACCAAACUUCAGAGACCUGCAAAGGUUGUUCCUGUUUUUGACAAAGUGCAAAUGCAGGGAGAGAAAGGAGCGGUUGCCACAGUCGACCUGCCGUUAGGUUUGUUGGACUUUAACACGCUGGAGCUCGAUGCGUCCCUGUCUUGUCCCGGGAAGAGAGAUUUGUCCUGCGCUCAAUGGGAUCACACAGUGCAGCUGUUUAUCUGCUGUGAUCAUCUCGGCCCGUACUGCAACAUGGAGCUGGGCCGAUGGAUCACGGCCUUCCGCAGAGGUAUCGGGCGCUGGCUGACGAACGUGUCCCCUCUGCUCCCCCUGCUGGACAGCAACAGAUGCACCUUGACCAUGAAGACGGUGCCGUGGGCGAUGCCGUGGAUCGUCUCCCUCAACCUGAGAUUCAGUAUCAGCAAUCAGACCGGUGAUAUCACAGGUGAGGAUGAGGAGGAGCUCCGCCCCUUCAGAGUAAUGCCACUGUACAGCGGGGGAACCUUCGACAAGAACUACAACAAGAGAUACCAGCCAAUCAAAUUCCUCGUCCAGGGUUCGACCAAGAAGGUUGAGCUGUACGCCGUCAUCACGGCCCACGGCAGCGAUGACAACAGCUGCGGAGAGUUCUGCGUCACCUCCCACCACUUCCUGUUCAACACUGUUUUCAACAACACCCUCGUAUUCGAUUCUGCAGGAACGCCUCUGGGCUGCACCACGCGGGUGAAAGAGGGCGCCGUACCAAACGAACACGGCACAUGGCUGUAUGGGCGAGGAGGCUGGUGUGAUGGACUGCAGGUCAACCCCUGGAGGGUCGAUAUCACCAAACAGCUGAACGUGAGCGAAUCAAACACCGUUCUCUACUUCGGCCUGUUCGAGGGGAAGGAUCCAAAUCCCUCCAAGGAUCCUGGAUACAUCAUCAUGUCCUCUUUCCUUGUCUUUUACAAAUGAUGCCACUCUGUAAAACUUAAAUAUUGAUGUGAAUGAAUGGAUGUUAGUCAAAGUACAAAUCAAGCCAAAGAUUAAAUUUCUAUUUUCCUA